AUGGUCCAGAUUUCCACCGAGGCUGACCUCGGCGUCGUAGACCAGCCAUGGUCAUCGAUCGAUCGUCUGUUCCUCAAGGUCCUCGCCGAAAAGUACCAGAAGAUGCUCGGAUUCGAUACCGAGGUGCUCCAGUCGCUUGACUUCGACCUCCGCCACUCAGUCGGUGACGUCGCGGCCGGGCUCGGCCGCAAGACGGACCCCACCGGCGUCGUCGUCCGGUAG